GGUAAUCAGAUUGAGGUGGACUGCAUCCAAUUCUCUCUCUCUCCUUUCCGCUAUCCACUACGGAUCUUUGUCGCAGAGGGCCAGGGGCUGAUCUGAGGGGAAUUGGAUUAUCACAUCUAAAAGAUCUUUUUUUACGGCUCAAGGGACGGAACCAAUUUCACAGUAGAUAGGUGGAAGUCUUUUGCGUGAGGAUCCUCGGAUCAACGACGAUUAUGGCUACUUGGGCAUACCCACCCCUCCCUGUGGAGCGUCUGGAACAAGAAGCCGAUGCUGCGUUGGCAAAUGAAUUAGAAUGGCUGCUGCGCUCGCUGCAAGAUUCCCUUGCGUCUCUGAGGGAAGGUCUUCUUGAAUGCGCGGCGUUAUUAGCUCCAAAGGAACCAGGCUCUACAUUGGUCCUCUCCUCAUUACGGUCCGAAAAUGUGAAGGGCUUUGUCACUCGGGUUGGGACCAAAAUUGUGAAGGGGGAUAUCCAGCUACGCCUGAGUUCCCUUAGCGCUGCUCGAAGCACAGCGACAACCCGUCUAUGCUUACUGAGCUCGGCUGAUGCCCCAGAGCUCAUCCUGAGCCAAUUGGUCUCGGUUAGAGAUCUUGUCAACCAAUGUCUUGAUAUCGUAGAUGUUAGCACUUGGACUGGUGACCCACUCGAUGCUGGGUUCAUAUUUAGCCAGCUACAUCUUUUACGUGAAACCAUUGCCGAAGGGCGGCAGAUGUUGAAGGGCGAAACUGAUGGAAUUAGGGGCAGAUGGUGGGAAACUAGUGCACCGGAGAAUAUGUUUGACCCCCCAUUACCACCAUGCCUUUCCUUCCAUCUAUCAAUCGCCGAUUCAGCUCUUGUACUUUACCUCAGGACUCUGGAAUCUACAACUCCAACCCACACUCCAACUGCUUUUGCGUCCGAUAUCUCGCUCACUGGAUUUUCCAUACGGGAUCGAUUAUUCGGUCCUCGUCAACGGCCCCAUGACGAGGUCGGUGAUGUAUUUCAAUGGAAGGGAGGUGAAGUCAAAGUUAAGGAAAAGAGGCACAGCUCCACCGCCGCCGGAGAUGAGACAAAUGGGGAGGAACCGAGUGACCCCAUUUACGACUUGAUUGAUAAAAUCAAUGCAAAUGAGCUUGAAAUCGCUGAACGUUUGGAGGAACUUGGAUUGCUAGACGACUAUGCUGGGGCUCUCAGCCUUGAUGGCCCGGAUCUCAUGCAUGAAUUCAGUCACGCGACCGGGUCUCAAGACAAACUGACGCUGGAGACGCGAGUGCGAGCGGCCCGACAACAGUUUGGUGAGACUUUGCCGGAGGGGUAUUUGAAUGAAAAGGAAUUAUUGCUAUAUACUCGACUCUACGGUGAGCCUAUUGUCAAUCAGGGGGACGCGAACCACAUCGAGGCGCAGGAGCGACAGCAGGAUCAGGACCCCGAUCAGCUUCUUCGCGAAGAUGGCCGAGGAGGGUGGGAGGUGGUUCCACACGAACAAUCAGAAUCGCAGCACGAUGAGGUACCUGUGGUAUACGAUAUGGAGGUAGGGCCUCUAGAGGAGGAGACUGUUGCAAUGCAAAGAACCAGAGAAGUCGCAGAGCAACUGGGCUUUGAGGACGAAGGGUCGGGGGAUUCGACGCCGCGCCUUCAUCCUUUAACUGUCGAAGGAAAAUUUGGCCCGGGGACUACCACUGUAUUUCCACCAAAAGAUACUCUGACUGGUCCUAUUUCUAUCAUCCUCUCCGACUAUUCCAACAAACAUGUCAUGGAAACUGCUCACCGCGCAUUUGGCGGCAAGCUGCUUCCACACUCUACCACAACUCCGCCUGCACGUGCACAGGUGCCGCAAUUACCGAUUCCGAUGGAAGCAUCCCAGCGGUAUAUGACAGACAUGGAGGCUAAUGCCUAUCUUGCCGUUUUGUAUCCGGGAAUGUAUGCGUCCGCCCUGAGUGUCUUGAGCGAGAUCCGAAAACGCCUGGGCUCAGACUGGAUCCGCUCUUUGAUAUCGCAAAAAGAAGGCCCCAAUGUUCUCGACGCUAGUGCCGGUGGCGCGGGUAUCUUGGCUUGGAGAGACGUUCUUCGUGCUGAGUAUGAGCUCAUGGUUCCAGAUCAUCCCAAGACGGCGCCAUACCCCUUAGGCAGAGCAACAGUCGUAACCGGGUCAGAAUCUCUCCGACUACGUGCCAGUCUAAUGCUAGAAAACACCACUUUUCUUCCGCGCCUCCCUGACUACCUUCAUAUCCGAGACAAACCGACCCUCAGCGACGAUAGAGCCCCGCCAAAGAGGAAGCAGUACGACGUUAUAAUCGCCCCGCAUACAUUGUUGGGUAUUGAGGAAGAAUACCUACGAAAGGAAUAUGUUGAGAACCUUUGGGCUCUUCUAAAUCCAAAUGGAGGAGUCCUGAUCCUCAUGGAAAAGGGACACCAGAAGGGAUUCGAGGCUAUCGCGGGGGCCCGUGAGAUGUUGCUCAAGCGCUACAUAUCGAGCCCCGGUUCCACAGAAUACGAAAACUUGACUCAAUCACCUGACGAGAGCACACACGUUCAAAAGGAACCUGGCAUGAUUAUCGCCCCUUGCACCAACCAUGAGAAAUGCCCUAUGUAUCAAAUGGAUGGACAUUCCAAAGGUCGCAAAGACUUUUGCCACUUUGAGCAACGGUAUAUUCGACCUCCAUUCCUGCAGCGCAUUAUAGGCGCCAAGGACAGGAACCACGAAGAUGUAAAAUUCAGCUAUCUUGCUGUCCAGCGUGGCAUUGACCUGCGGCAGACAGAGGGUAUUACCCAGGGAGUCCAAGCUACAGAUGUCGCGUUUGAAGGUUACGAGCAUCUGAAUGAAAUGGCCGAAGAGUCAGAGGCUAUCGAGUCGGGAACGCAAUCUCCCCCCGGAGAUGAACAGACGUUCCACACCCUUUCCCUACCUCGUGUUGUAUACCCUCCUAUGAAACGCCGUGGGCACGUCAUUAUGGACCUUUGCACUCCAUCUGGCCAAAUCGAACGCUGGACCGUCCCUCGUUCAUAUAGCCGGCAAGCAUACAAAGACGCUCGCAAAUCCGGAUGGGGAGACUUAUGGGCUCUUGGUGCUAAGAGUCGCAUUCCAAGAACCCUGAAGCUCGGCGAUAAGCACGGGGAAGGAAAGAAGGAAAGAUUGGCUAGGCGCGCAGCCCAGAAAGCAGAAUUGGAUGAGGAAGACGGUGAGAUUGGCGAUGGGUCUUCUGGGCGCGAUCUGUCGAACCCCCUACUGGACCUCUCACUUCCGCCGAGAAAGAAGGGCCAGAAUAUCCCUAGCUGGAAGAAGCACGCAGAUAAAAAGAAGGUCCGGCAGGCGUCGAAAAAGUACUCCGCCUCGAAGAUGCAAGAAGAUAUUGAAUAGUUAUCCACCGGGUCCUUUUUAUCUAGGGGGUUGACUACUUUUUUUGAGAGGUCAUGGGCGUCUACGUGGGCGUGUAUUGGAUUUGAAAUUAUUCGGUCAAAGGCAUAAAUGAGGGGUAGGACAAGGCUAUCAUGUAUUAUAUAUGUAAAAUAGGCCGGAGGCCAUUGUAAAUCACAGCUAUCUUAUAUAUCUUUAAUUG